AUGCCCACGACAGAGGAGGACCGCGAUGGCAAGAAUCGCAACUUUGAUCUUAUAAGACGUGGUUCCAAGCAACCCACACCAUGGGGGACAGCCACUUUUAUUGGCCUACGACUACUCGACCUGCCUUGGCAAUAUCACCUCCUACGCAAUGGAGCGGCCGAGGGUGCACUCAGCGCCGUGGGCCUCCCCUUCCUUGUAGGGGGAACGCAGACGACAGCGGCAACGCUCGCCGCCAAAGGCAUCUCCUGGCUGGCGCCCUUGGACCUACCUCUUCCGCGCCUCAUCCUGCUCGCCAUGGCUACGGGGUCCACCCUCAAACAGAUCCUAUGGCAGACGUGUCUAAGCCAGGAGGAGUUUCCCCCGAGCGCCGCGGCCCUGGUGAGCGGGUACAAUACGCUAAUCAACACGGCCAACACGCUGCUCCUCGUGUGCGCGUCAACGUCGUCCCUGGGCUCCCGCGGCCCGCGCGUGCUGGUCCUGGGCACCGAGCUGCCGCUGUCUGUCGUGGUGGGCUCGCUGGCGUAUCUGGUCGGCAUCACUACUGAGACCCUCUCCGAGAUUCAGCGCAUCCGGUUCAAGAAGGACCCUCGCAACGAGGGUAAGCUGUGCAAAGUUGGUCUCUGGAGCUGGGCGCGCCACAUCAACUACUUUGGCUAUGCGCUCUGGCGCGGAGGCUAUUGCAUGGUCGCAUCCGGAUGGAUUGGUGGAUUGGCCAUGGGACUUUUCCAAGGCUGGGACCUUGGCUCACGGGCAAGCGAUACGUUGGAAGAAUAUUGCAGUAACAAAUACGGUGAGCAGUGGCUGCAAUUUAAAAGGGAUGUGCCGUACCGGAUUGUACCGGGAAUCUUCUGA